AUGGCACAACUGUCACGGGAGCAAACAAUGGUACAUUCUUCGGAGCAGCACAACUCAGAAAAUAUCGCUUCAACUUUCACCGUCAACGAUCUAGAACCGGUCUAUCGAGCAGCCUUCCCGAAACUCACAACGUUCAACAAAAUACAGACGACGGUCGCCAAGACUGUGCUGCAAACGGGCGAUUCUAUCGUGAUUAACGCACCCACCGGUUCCGGCAAGACCGUUAUCCUUGAGCUGGCCAUCCUGAAGCUUGCGACUGAAACAAAAGGAAGCUACAGAAUAGUGUACCUUGCACCAACGCGAUCGCUAUGUGCUGAAAAGUAUCACGACUGGAAGGCACGCUUCACCUCACUAGGAAUCAACUGCAUUCAGUUCGACGGGGACAAUAUGGUGGAGGAUUCCACGGAGCUGGCUAAUUACCGGCUCAUCCUUAGCACGCCAGAAAAGUGGGAAGUGUUCACGCGACACUGGGACGACCAGAGUGUAGCCACCGUCCUUCAUCCCAUCAAGCUGUUCCUGAUCGAUGAAAUUCAGGUCAUGAGCGACAGCGAACGGGGUGCCAACCUGGAGCUGGUGGUGUCCCGAAUGAAGUACCUUGAUUCACGCCUCCAUCGGGAGCAACUGAACGCCGACGGAACACCGGAAUCAAUCCGCUUCAUUGCCGUAUCGGCUUGCAUCCCAAACGUAGAUGACUUUGCGCAGUGGCUAAAGAGCAUUCGAAACGUAGCUCCGUUUACGUUCGAUGAGACGAACCGGACAACUAAAAUAGCGCGACACGUGAUCGGUUAUCCUUGCACCACGAACACGUUCAUGUUCGAACAAAACCUCAACUACAAACUGCCCGCCAUCAUUGAGCAAUAUUCGUGCCAGAAACCGACGCUCAUCUUCUGCACGUCGCGAAAGAGCGUAGAAACGACGGCCCGUUUUUUGGCCCGUUCGAAUAUGAAACGGAUCGUCCCGGCCGGGCCAAUGCUGCACGAACUGGCCGGUAAUUUGGCGAACAAAACGCUCCAGGAUUGUGUGACGAAAGGCGUUGCCUAUCAUCAUGCCGGAUUGCUGCACAACGAUCGCAGUCUCAUCGAGCAGCACUUCCGUAGUGGCCACAUUGCCGUGCUUUGUUGCACCAGCACGCUUUGUAUGGGGGUUAAUCUGCCCGCGUACCUGGUGAUCGUUAAAUCGACGUUCAACCAUGCCGGGAAGGACUACUCGGACAAUUACCUCCUGCAGAUGAUAGGCCGUGCCGGGCGGGCGGAAUUCAGUGAGGACGGUGUUGCGGUCAUAUUAACCAGCGACGCCAAUGUGGUGCGCUAUCGGAAAACCGUCUCUGGGAUGGCUCCGGUUGAGUCACAGCUGCAUCGAAAGCUUCCGGAGCUGUUAAACUCGGAGGUUGCUCAUGGCAUCAUCUACGAUCAACCGGCCGUCAUGGAGUGGAUGCGUUCUACAUUUUUUUACGUACGUGGAAGGAUAAAUCCGACCCACUAUAAGCUCACCGGCGGACGUAAUAUUGAGGAGGAAAUGUCAAAGCUGUGUACAGACACCAUUGCAUCCCUUGAAGAGAGUGGGUUGAUUGUGAAUCGCCGUCCUAACGCUAUCGUGUCUACGCCAUGUGGCCGGCUAAUGGCGCGCAAUCAACUAUCCUUUCAGACGAUGAAACUACUCCAAGCGGACCUAAAGGGAACGGAAUCGCUGCAGGAAAUGCUAGCUCUCGUAACGCGAGCAAACGAAUUUAACGAGUACAAGUGUCGGCAAAGCGAGAAAAAGGUCCUUAACGCCUUGAACGCCUCGCGACCUUCGAAGACGAAUUCCUUUUGCGAUGGAGCCGACGAGGAAGCGGAAAGGAUACGGUUUCCGUUAACCGGACGCAUUAGUACAACCGGUGGAAAGGUGUACUGUCUGGUGCAAGCCAUGUUUGGGAAUCUGGCCAUCCACGAUCACGGGCUGCAUCAGGAAGCGGCCAAAAUCGUCACGCUCGGUGCUCGCAUAGCGCGGUUUAUCGUUGGAUUGUUGGCCGCGAAUCAGGCUCAGUACGGGAACGGGUGCUUUCAGGCGCUGGUGAGCGUGACCUCUUUGCUGCAGAGCUUCCAGACGAAGCUAUGGAAGGACAGUCCCUUCCUGUCGAAGCAACUAGGACAGAUCGGAUCGAAACUCGCACGUCAUUUAGCGGAUCGCGGGAAGGUGACGUUCCGUGCCAUCCGUGAUGCGGAUCCCAGAGAAAUCGAAUGCAUUCUGAAGAAACAACCACCGGUAGGGAACGAUAUCAUAAGCUUCGUCAGUGGCUUGCCGGAGUUUUCGAUUGAACUAACAAAAACGGACCAAGAGCAGGCCACUUUCUCGUGUACCAUCGUGCAGAAAAACACGAACUACAAUCCGGAAGUUUCGGUGAGCUUUAGUGUUCUGGUUGGAGAUUCCGCCAACAGGAUCCUGUUGCAUCAGGACAAAUGCACGAUGGAAAAUAUCCCGGUGAUGGGAUGUACGUGGCCCCUCGUUUUAAAUGACACAGCGGUUGAGUAUCUCUCAGCGCACCUCAUCUGCCACAACUGGACGGGAUUCGACAGUUCACAUACGCUAUAUUUGGUAGAGCAACCGCAAACCACAAAACACCGUCAAACGACUAUAACGAACUUCUUUCCGAAUCAGUCGGCGAACGAAUCAAUGCUCGGAAUCGAUGCGAUUUCCAUACCACCUGCGCAAGAGUUUUCUCGGCUGAACAAUAACGUGUCACUUGCAAAUGAGCCUUUGGGGCUUGACUGGACGAUAGGGAAAAGCUUUCUCAACGCGACUGCUUCAAACGAUAAUAUCAGUGAAGAUUUCAAAAACAGCUUUCAGUCGGAACGGUGCACGCUAAGCUUUGCGCUUUGUGGCCCACUCCACGACAUCGUAGACUGUUUCAGACGUUACAACAUAUUCAUAGAGCACCGAGAAACACUGCCCACGCCGCCGAAGGUACCGAUAGAUGAAAUAGAGCCGAUCCUGUGUGAGGAGCGUAGAGUGAAAAAGUUCGAUCUAGGAUCCGCCGCCGACGUCUUUGGUUCGGAUGUGGAUGAGUGA